AUGGAUCCUUUAUUAUUACGUUGUUUUUGUUGUGAUCAACGAAUUAUUAAAUCUUUUUAUUUAUUUUCUUGUGGACAUGUAAUGCAUUUGGAGUGUAUAGAUGAAAAUCGAAAGAGUUGUUCGUGUAAAUUAGAAAAGAAUAUUGGAAAUGAUGGAAGAGAUAUUAACAAAAAUUAUUACGAAAACGGCGAAUCUUCUGAUUCCUCUUCCGAUAGCACACCCCCACUUGAAAGGCUAAGAAGAAGGAAAGUGAAAGAGGCAGCUGCUCUAGCAUCUUCAAUACCUACAAUUACAAAUGAAGAAAGGCAAUCAGUAAGUACUGUAUUUAGAGAACUGGAGAAAGCCUUUCCCCUGUGUACAUCACCGAGACCUACUAUUUCUUGCCAUUUAUUAAAACAAUCACAGAAUCUUGCAAAACAUGGCUCAACCUCUUCAUUUCCUCCAACUUGA